GGUGCAUUGUGGAGGAUGAGUCAGGGCGCGGGUCCCAGACUUUGGCAGAUCUGGCAGGAGCGCUAGGUCACAGCGCUCAGGGCAGCGGCAGCCGUCGCGGGUUCGGAAAUGCAGGCGGCGAAGAUGACCCCGAACGUGGGGCGGCAGCUGCUGAGGUUGGGGGGCGUAAGCUCGAGACUCUCUGCGCUCCCGGAGCAGCCCCGGCCCGGCCCUGCCUGGCGUCCCUAUGCCCGUGGGGCCGCCCAGACCAAGUCUGAUGCCCUCUCCUCUGAGGCUUCGACCAGAGAAAAAAGGGUCCAGACGGAAUCCAAGUCCUUUGCUGUGGGGAUGUUCAAAGGCCAGCUCACCACGGAUCAGGUGUUUCCAUAUCCGUCUGUGCUCAACGAGGACCAAACGCAGGUUCUCCAAGAGCUGGUGGGGCCCGUGUCCCGUUUCUUUGAGGAGGUGAACGAUCCUGCCAAGAAUGACAUGCUGGAGCGAGUGGAGGAGACCACUAUGCAGGGCCUCAAGGAGCUGGGGGCCUUUGGUCUGCAAGUGCCCAGUGAGCUGGGUGGCGUGGGCCUCUGCAACACUCAGUACGCCCGCUUGGUGGAGAUUGUCGGAAUGCACGACCUCGGCGUGGGCAUCGUCCUGGGGGCCCAUCAGAGCAUUGGUUUCAAAGGCAUCCUGCUUUUCGGCACAAAGGCCCAGAAAGAAAAAUACCUCCCCAAAGUGGCAUCAGGGGAGGUCAUGGCCGCAUUCUGUCUAACUGAGCCCUCCAGUGGGUCGGAUGCAGCCUCCAUCCGCAGCUCAGCUGUGCCCAGCCCCUGUGGAAAAUACUACACUCUCAAUGGAAGCAAGAUUUGGAUCAGUAACGGAGGCCUGGCCGAUCUCUUCACAGUCUUUGCCAAGACACCAGUUACAGAUCCAGCCACAGGGGCAGUGAAGGAGAAGAUCACAGCUUUCCUGGUGGAGAGGGGCUUUGGAGGUGUCACCCACGGGCCCCCCGAGAAGAAGAUGGGCAUCAAGGCCUCAAACACGGCGGAGGUGUACUUUGACGGAGUGCAGGUGCCCACAGAGAACGUGCUGGGCGAGGUCGGGGGCGGCUUCAAGGUCGCCAUGCACAUUCUCAACAAUGGAAGGUUUGGCAUGGCCGCGGCCAUGGCCGGCACCAUGAAGGCCAUCAUUGCCAAGGCGGUGAAUCAUGCUGCUAAUCGUACCCAGUUCGGGGAGAAAAUUCACAACUUUGGGGUGAUCCAGGAGAAGCUUGCCCGGAUGGCAAUGCUGCAGUAUGUGACUGAGUCCAUGGCCUACAUGGUGAGCGCCAACAUGGACCAGGGAUCCACGGACUUCCAGAUAGAGGCUGCCAUCAGCAAGAUCUUUGGCUCGGAGGCAGCCUGGAAGGUGACAGAUGAGUGCAUCCAAGUCAUGGGGGGCAUGGGCUUCAUGAAGGAGCCCGGGGUAGAGCGUGUGCUCCGAGACCUGCGCAUCUUCCGGAUCUUUGAGGGGACGAAUGACAUUCUCCGGCUCUUUGUGGCUCUGCAAGGCUGUAUGGACAAAGGAAAGGAACUCUCUGGGCUGGGCAAUGCUCUCAAGAAUCCUUUUGGGAAUGCCGGCCUCCUGCUGGGAGAGGCCAGCAAACAGCUGAGGCGGCGGGCAGGGCUGGGCAGUGGCCUGAGUCUCAGCGGCAUCAUCCACCCAGAAUUGAGUCGGAGCGGCCAGCUGGCAGUUCAGGCUCUGGAGCAGUUUGCCACCGUGGUGGAGGUGAAGCUGAUAAAACACAAGAAGGAGAUUGUCAAUGAACAGUUCGUGCUGCAGCGCCUGGCAGAUAGUGCCAUUGACCUCUACGCCAUGGUGGUGGUUCUGUCCAGGGCCUCCAGGUCCCUGAGUGAGGGCCAGUCCACAGCCCAGCACGAGAAAAUGCUCUGCGACAGCUGGUGCAUCGAGGCUGCAGCCCGGAUCCGGGAGAACAUGGCUGCUCUGCAGUCUGACCCGCAGCAGCAGGAGCUCUUCCGUAACUUCAAAAGCAUCUCCAAGGCCUUGAUAGAGCGGGGUGGCGUGGUCACCAGCAACCCCCUUGGAGUCUGAAUACUCCCGACCAGAGCCUGGCCCAGAAUGUGCCUUCUCUCAAGCCAAAGCCCAGGCCCCUUUCCUGCCCGUCCCGGUUCUGCCUUCAAAGGGGCCUCGGCUCAGAACGGUGCCUGCUCUCGGAGGGCGUGCUUACUGCCUCCCAAAUAAAAAGUCUCUCUCA